CAUAUAUCGUAUAAGGUAAAUGCUUUAAUAAUGCUAGACCAGAAACGAGCACUGUGCUUACGUCGUGUGUAGGAUGGACUUAAUAGACUACCGUGGGCGAUGCUGUAAACUUUUUGUGAUGCUAAAUCUGUUUUGAUUGUACACCAGUAAUAACGAAAUGGUAGUGCAUUGGUUGUGUGCACUGCUAUACGCAUUGUACUAUAUGAAUAUUUAGUCAUUGUUAUGUCUUUUAUUAGGAAUUCGCAGGGGUUUAGAUUUGAUCAUCGUAACCACUGUGUUUUAGGAUACUAUAUUGUAACCGAAUAAGCAAAAGUAUGUUGUUCGUUUUGAUUCUGUUAAAUUUAAUCGUCAUAACACCAACCACUGGUAGUUGGCAUCAACUUGAUGGCAUCGAAUAUUACAUUGAGUAUACGUGGGUUUAUUCAGUUGGUCAAGCAAAAGGAAGUUGUAAAGCAAUGAACGCCAUUUUAGCUGUUGUUAAAUCCCAACGAAUUCAAGAUUUUCUUGUCAAAAAUAUCGAUACCACAAAGUUAACAGUUUGGCCAUAUUCAUUCUACAUUGGUUUGAGUCGUACCAGUUCAACUACAUUGCAAUGGUCGGAUGGUACAACAACUAAUACAUCGGUCUUCACUUAUUGGAAAGGCAAUGCUGACGUUUACGAUUCCAGUAAACUUUGUGUUACAAUGGGAUACCACGCUGCAUUAAAUGUUUUAUUUAAAUGGGCGAUUGAACCGUGCAGCACUACACAUCGUUAUAUUUGUCAAAGUAAUUACCUUAACAUUUAAAACUAGUCAAUAAAUUGACAUUGUUUAA